AUGCAAUGUUUAAAGGCCGCGAGGCGGGUUCGUGAGGAGGACGAACGCUUGAAGAGUGGGCUUCGCAAGCUCGAAGCUUAUGAAAGGAGCUACACUAAACAGUAUCACGAGUAUGUUCAGCAGCAAGGAAAGCUAGCGGAUAAUGUAGCCUCCGAGUUUACCGAGGUUUAUUUCCUACGCGGAUGGGAGAUAUCCCAGGCAGUCACUGAGGCUGAGAAAGGGUUGGAAGAAGCAAGAAAACUCGCAAAGAACGCCGGCGUACCCAACGCCGACGACCAAGAGUCCGAGUUUGCUUCGGUGCCUGGUGAGGGGUACGAUGACGAGUACCACGAGGCAUGCAUAGAUUCGUGCGAUCGGGGGCUUGUGGAAGGGUGGCUGAGGCGCAAUGAUUGA